CGGUGUGCCGUUACAGAGGCGAAACUCCCGACCGUCAACACAACGUUACAACUCUCUCACAUACACGUGCGGCCGAGCAGGGAUUGCGGGCCGUCAUGGGGCUGGUGGAAAGGAAGCUCAAGGUGUUCUACCGCAAAACCAAGAAGGGGAACAUUUUGAAGGUUGUCCGGGAACAUUACCUGCGCGAUGACGUAUGGUGCAGCUAUGAGGGCUGCGGUGAGUGUGAGUGUGAGCAGCCUGUCCUGGAUGCACCAGACAUCAAUGACAGUACUCUGGUCCCUGAACCACACCUCAUCAUGAUUGACACAAAUGUUGCACUGCACCAGAUUGAUGUGCUGUGUGAUGAUACCAUAUCAAAUAUAAUAAUUCCCCAAACUGUGAUCGGGGAAGUGAGACACCGGUCACUCCCCAUCUACAAGAGACUCAGAGACUUAAUUGAAACAUCCUCAAAGAAGUUUUAUGUGUUCACAAAUGAACAUCACAGUGAAUGCUACAUUGAGAGGGAGGCAGAGGAGUCAGUCAAUGACCGCAAUGACCGUGCCAUCCGCAUUGCCUGCUGGUGGUACAAGCAGCACCUCCGAUCCUGCAACCAGAAAGUGAUUCUACUCACCAAUGACUACGGCAACCGUGAUAAGGCGAGAGAAAUGGAAUUAGAGGCUUAUACAACAAGAGAAUAUGUCUCCAGUCUGAAGAGCAGCCCUGGGCUGCUGGAUAUUGUGGCCAGUGGGGAGGAGGAAAAGAAUGAGGAAGUCAUCACCCAAAGUUGUCUGUACGCCCCACACUGGCCAAUGGAUAAGAUACGCCAAGCUCUCAAGAGUGGCAAGGUGCGCCAGGGUAGUCUCAAGACAUCCCGCAACAACUUCCUGGAAGCAAAUGUGCUGGUGGAGGGCAUGGAGCGAGCUAUACUAAUCCAGGGCCGCCUCAACAUCAACCGUGCACUCAAUGACGACACAGUAGCCGUGGAACUGUUGCCAGAGGACCAAUGGUGUCGUCCCACCAAUGUUAUCAUCGAUCAGGAGAAGCAGGAGGAAGAGAACAAAGACAAGGAUGAGGCAGAUGAGGAUGCCAUAAAGAAGGAGCAGGACCUCCUAGUAUCUGGCCAAGGGGAGGGUGAGCUGCAGCCAACAGGCCAUGUGGUGGGCAUCAUCCGGCGGAAGUGGCGCCAGUAUUGUGGGAUCAUCAAGAAGAAUGAAAUCACUGAGUCUCUGCGCCAUUUGUUCAUCCCAGCGGACAAAAAAAUUCCAUUUAUUCGCAUUGAAACGCGUCAACCAAGCCUUCUGUAUGACAAGCGCAUCAUUGUUGCCAUCGACUCCUGGCCAAGGGAUUCCAGGAACCCCAAGGGUCACUUUGUGCGUGUCAUUGGACCUGUGGGAGACAAGGAGGCAGAGAAUGAAGUCAUCCUCCUCGAGCAUGACUGCCCCCACACCAAGUUCUCCGAGGCUGUGCUCAACUGUCUUCCCAAGCUGCCCUGGAUCAUUACAGAGAAAGAUGAAGCAGAGCGAACAGAUUUACGUCUCCUCGACAUCUGUUCCGUUGAUCCCAUUGGCUGCACAGAUAUUGAUGAUGCACUCCACUGCAGAAAGCUUCCUAAUGGGAACUUUGAGGUUGGUGUUCACAUUGCCGAUGUGUCCCACUUCAUCCGGCCCAACACAGCGCUGGAUAAGGAGGCACAGAAUCGCAGCACCACAGUCUACCUUACCACUCGACGCAUUGACAUGGUACCAGAUCUCCUCAGCAGUAACCUUUGCUCCCUUCGUGGAAACGUGGACAGAUUUGCCUUCUCUGUGAUCUGGGAGAUGAGCCCCAAAGCUGAAGUUCUGUCCUUCAAGUUCUGCAAGUCGAUCAUAAAGUCUCGUGGAGAGCUGAGCUACGAACAAGCUCAACAACGUAUCGAUGAUCCCAACAUGCAAGAUGACCUCACAAACUCCCUGAGGAACCUUAAUAUGCUGGCCAAGCAGCUAAAACAGAAGAGGAUAGAAGCUGGAGCCUUGGUAUUGGCCAGCAUGGAAGUAAAGUUCCAUGUGGAUCCAGACACAGACACAGUGGUGGACAUUGUGGCCAAGCAGCACCUGGAGACUAUGAGCAUGGUCGAGGAGUUCAUGUUGCUGGCCAACGUCACUUCAGCCGAAUGCACUCUUAAGCACUUCCCAGACUGUGCUCUGCUGCGUCGCCACCCUGCCCCUCCACACUCCAACUUUGAGCCUCUCCUACUGGCUGCCAAGAGUCAGGACAUUGAGUUGGAUGUCAGUAGCAACAAAACUUUGGCUGAGAGUCUGAACAAUGUGAAUCGGGACAACAAUCCAUUCUUCAACAGCAUGCUGAGGAUCAUGACCACUCGCUGCAUGAUGCAAGCCUUGUACUUCUGCUCAGGCACACUGGAACCACCUGAAUAUAAUCACUAUGGCCUUGCCACACCCACCUACACCCACUUCACUUCACCAAUUAGAAGAUAUGCAGACAUCAUAGUGCACAGAUUGUUAGCAGUUAUCAUUGAAGCUGACAAAACAUACCCAGAGUUGCUCAACCCCAAGAAGCUGGCAGACCUCAGCCAACACAUCAACUAUCGCCACAAGAUGGCCCAGUAUGCAGGCCGGGGCUCAGCAGUUAUAACAGCUAUUGCAUCUCUACGAGGGAAAGCUUCAGAAUUUGAUGCAUAUGUGUUGAUGCUCCAUAAGAAUGCUCUGCAAGUCUUAGUCCCAACAAUUGGACAACAAUUGACUCUGUACUUGGACAGCAGAGAGAAGAAAAAGGAAGAGAAGAAAAAUAAGAAAAAGCUUGACAAAGAAGCUGAGCCAAUGGAGACUGAUGAAACACCUGCCCCAGAGUUUGAAUUCAAUGAAAAGGAGUUGUAUGUUCAGUGUGGUUCAGUCAUCAUUCGUCCCUUUGACCACCUGCGGAUACAAGUUAGUGUAGAUGCCUCAGAUGUGCAGCAUCAACGUGUGGUCAGCAAACUCAUUGAACCAGUUAUUCCUGGCUUCUCUGUUCCCCCUCUUAAGCGGGAAGGUGAGGGUACAAAGGAAACAACCUCAAAGAAAAGGAAAAAAUAGAUGUUUUGAAUUUUAAGUGAGUGCAUGGUACAUCUCCAUCCAUCCUCGGAAGUGGAAGGGUGGAAGAAGCUGAGGAGCCAAACUUUACAGUAUAAAAGUAGCUUUUCUAGAAGCUAACAUACUCUCUGCUGCAAAAGCAGUCAGUGUACUUGAGAGAGGAAGUUCCCUGUUCACUGGGAUGGAAUGUUAGUGUCUAAAUGAGUGAGAAUUGGAAGAAGUUCAAGGUUACAGCAGUAUGCAAGGACAGGUUUUAGUUGAUACAGAGGAGCAAAAAUUCUCCUAUUUUGGUUAUUCUUUUCAUUGAGUUUUAAGGAGCAGAAUAGUAGUAUUAACCAAAGUGAUCCAAAGUACAAACCCUUUAUACUGCUUCAUACACUAACCAUAAAUUGACUGGUCUACUAAAUGUUUGCUAAAACUGAAUCACUGCAGUGUUUUCAAUUAUCUGAAGCAAACAAAUUUGAAUGGGUCAACAUUGCAUCCAGGCCCUCAACCCCAUUUCUAAAAGAUUGUCCACACGAUCAAGCAAUGCCAGCGGGGCGAUGCCUACUGAGUAAGUGUAUUUCUCUCGCUUGAGACAGUGUUACCAGAUGGAACAGUUCCCAUGUGUUGAACACUCACACACCAGCCCACCUGGGUCAAUAAACAAAUACAUAUUGUAUUUACAUUGCCAAAGUAUGACCAUGUAGCAUCCAUCAGCAAAAUAAUUAAAUAUGACAAUUAGGCCUCCAAAUCCCUGGGCUCUGACCCAGGUAGGGUUGAUUCUGGUGUCCAAGUGUACGACACAGACUGCCCAGGAAAUGGGCAAGACUUGCCCAGCACUUCUCAGGAGUGUAGACAAACCUUUGGUAUACAGAUGAUGUAUUAUUCUGCCAUCAAACCAGCAACCAAGGGUAUUUUGAUGGUUUGUCCAUGGUUUCCCUGCUUAUGACAUCAUCCCUGCUCCUGCCCGCCACCAAACGUGUGCAGUGGAGUGCAUUUGGUAACUGUUUGCCCACCAAGCACUGCCCGAUAGUGCAGACACGACUGAAUAUUUUUGACAAAAUUAUACCACCCCUGGUUAAGGAAACACUUUUAAGGAGACACUUUUAUAUGGAAUGUAAUCUUUAAACAUGGAGUUUAAAUUCAUUGACUCAAGCACAUCAUCAAGUCAUAAAGUCACUGAUGACCUGAAAAGUGAUCAGUCAUACUUUCACACACACAAAAAAAUAUUUACAGGUAGACAAAUUGUCUUUAUACUCUUGUCGAGUUCUAACACACACAUGCAUACCAUGAAAUUAUUGAAUAUAUGUAUUUCAGUGAUAAUACUACAUUAUAUAAUGCAUACAGAAGUAACAUAUUUGCUGAACUGCUUUACAGCUUUCAAGAAAAUUGCCUCAUGGUUUAGAAGGGUACAGUCAUACCCCACUUCACAUCAUAUUUACUUUCAUCAGAUUCAACUUUGCCACUUUUCUAUAGUAAUUAUAUAUAUAUAUAUAUAUAUAUAUAUAUAUAUAUAUAUAUAUAUAUAUAUAUAUAUAUAUAUAUAUAUAUAUUAUGCCUCAGCAAGUUACAUUUUUAUGUGUGCUGAUGACACUAGUUGUAAGGUGUUUGUUGUCAUGCAGUACAAUAUGUAAAACCCCGUACACACUACCAUUACAUUGCCAGCAGUUGUCAAUGAGUUUCACCAGAGAACAGUCUCCUUGAGUUUCACCGACGAGCAGUGCCAUUGCCAGUGUUCGCUCACUGGCUUCCUGUCUACACUGCCAGUUUUGAGUAUCAAACACUCGAUUAACAGGACGUGCCAAUAGUGGCGAAUGGUAGUGUGUAUGGGGCAUACACGCUAGUUUUAAGGUGUUUUACAGCCAUUUUAAGGCAUCAUGUUCAGUUUACGUUAAAAACAGGGUAUGUCACAUCUUUUGAUGUAGGGCAGGCUAUGACUGUAUCUUAAAUUUUAAGUCUUUUCCUUAUUGUCUGCAUGCUGGCUGAAGGGAAAUUUUGUUGUUUCAGGUAGGGCCUGAUAGUACAAGUCAAUAAUAAUCAUCUUUCUCCCAGUAAACAAGAUAAAGGACAUUAAAAUAGCCUCUUGCAGCAGCUGGAUAAACAAGACUAGUUUCAAAUAUCACUAUCAUAUACAUUGUGCAAGUCAUUUAUAUUUUGUUUGUGAGCUUUCUUUGCAAGUACUAUGUGGUGAUCACUUACAUUUGAGUUAAAAAAAGUAUUCAUAAAUAUGACCCAGGCAAUAACUAGCUGCUGGUUGCUUCCCACCAUUUCAUAUUCUGUAUGCCUCACACAAACAUGAAAAUAGGAGAAGGGUUAAGUAUAAGAGAAAAGGGAAGAUAGCAGGAAUUAGAGGGAAAGGAUGAGAUACUAAUCAGAUUAUAUUAUAGCACUAGGAAGUAAAUUAUUUGCCUUGGGGAGUGGCACAGAUAGUGCAGAAGCAGUGCCUGCCUGAGCUGAACUUUAGAGUGUGUUUUGUUUGUGGGCACCUGUAACAUUAAGGGCCUCUCUUUAGAGGAUCACUGACUGCAUCACUGAUUGGAUGAGCUCAGUAGGAUAAAGGUGGAUAUAAAGGGACUCUGGACCAAACUGCUAUUUUAACCCUGUUUUCUCAUUAUUUAAGUUAUUGGCUUUAAUUUGUCAAUAAUCAUACAUAGUGAUAUAAAAUUCAAAAGAAAUAAUUGGGACAACUCAAUUGUGAGUGAUGAAUGAGGUGCCUGGGGAAGACAAAGAUGAUAUUUGAGGCAGCAAGAUGGUCACUCCUCCCCACCGCUGCCAUCACCACCACCACCCUCCUCUCGAGGCAUGGCGUAAACCACCACCAAAUGUACACUAGAUGGGAAUUUAAAUCACUUCAAGUGACAUAUGUUAAGGGCUGAGGUAGGAGACUGGGUAGUGGCAGUGCAAGGGAAGGGAGUUAUAGUUCUGUACACUAGUAAGGCUGUGAAAGGUUUUCUGUGUCAAACUCAACUCUUGCUAAGUAAUUACCCCUACAAAAAAAAAUGUGUACUUGAUUACAAUAAGAUCUCUCAUCUAACAAGUUCACAUCUAAUGAUACUAUUGGAACCCUACUCAUAUCUAUGGAAGCUUUAAAUCUAACUAAAAAAAUCCUGACGCUCAGCUCAUAUCAGCCGCAAUCUUGACCAAAUGGGUGAUGUCAUUGCUGUCCAUCCACUGUUGCCCACACUGCCUUUACCCAAGUCUCCUACCUCAGUCUCUGCCAUACUUAUGCAUUGUUGUGUUGUAAUGCCGCCUCUUUUUACGUGGCUUAAAUUUCCACCUAGCAUGUGUUUGGUGGUGAUUGAUGCCUUACCUCAAGGGGAGGGAGGAGGGUGGUGUUGGCAGAGGCAGUUGGGAGGAGAAACAGCCCAGCAGCCUCCCUUCAUACCUUAAAUACCACUUUUUGUCUUACUCAUGCACCUCAUUGAUCAUUCACAGCUGAACUAUCCACAUUAUUUCUUCUUCAUUUUACCUAUUACUCUUUAAAUACAUCUUACUGUACACUUGAUUACAAUCCCAUGCCUAAAUAUUAUUUGAUAAUUAGGAAGACAGGUUGUACAGUAGGGAAAAAUGAGACGACAGAGAUGCCUGAGGGACAAGAGGAUAGAAGUGGUUAUUACAUAGAUUGGAGGGGCACCUGACAAAGAAUUAUGACAACAGCAAGAUUUUUCACACAGAAUGAACCCAACUCUUUUGCCUAACACUGAAAUUGCAAAUUUUGGCAUGGCAAAAUUUUUCACCAUCUUCCCAAAAGCAUUGAGAAAAAGCAUACUUCUUGACAUAACAGAUUAGCUUCUCAUUGUGGCCGACAGUUUUCUAGUGUUGAAUCUACAUUAUUCUUCCAUGGUUGAUCAAAUAUCAAUUCCUGGCAUCAACAAUUCCUUGGAUGAAGUUAUUUUCACCACACAGUGUAGAAUAAUUCUGCAAAGUUUCCUGUAUAUAUAUAUAUAUAUAUAUAUAUAUAUAUAUAUAUAUAUAUAUAUAUAUAUAUAUAUAUAUAUAUAUAUAUAUAUAUAUAUAUAUAUUUUUUUUUUUUAAUUUAAAUCUGGCAGGCAAACAACACCCUAUUGUUUCCAGAAAAUACACUAAUUAGCAUCUGCUUAAACUAUUUUUACAUAAAUAUGCAAUGUCAUGUAUUUUUAAUGUUUAUAGUUGCAUUUAGGUACAAAUUUACAAUGAGAAAUACUGGAAGACACUCAAAAUGACUUUGGCCUCUGUUCAAGUAAUGUAUUAAUUAUGAUUCAUGGGAUAUCUUGUCUAUCCCAUUUCUUUUAGUAAUGAAUAUUUAUGUAAAACUGUGAAAAUUAUUAGGUCAAACACUGACUUAGGUAAACACAGUUUACAAUUAUCUCAUGGAAACCAUAGGGCAUUCAGUUUUUCUGAUUUACAUUUACAAAGAAUGGAGAGGCAGCUUCACAAACUUCUCCACCCCUGGGGCUGUUACUCAACACUAUUUCAGCCAGGAACUUCUUGAUUUUCUAAAAACUAUUCCAUGUGGCAGAGAAGCUUCUUACUAAUACUUUUAAAAGUUGUUAUUUCUUUACACAGCACAACUAUUAAGACUGAAUUGGAAAAUCUCCUAACCUUCCUUUCCUAUCAAUCUUGCAUAUUUCCACCUUAAUACUUUUUCAGCACCAUGAGUGUUGUUCCCUGGACCUUAAAUAUUCACAGUGGAUUAACAAAACAAGCACUUGUAACUACCUUGAUGCUCUCCUAUGUGGUUCAAAUGAUUGUCUAGUUGCUACUUUCCUUACAAGAAAUGCUGUAAAAACCUAAUGAUUAAUAAAUUAAUAAUUAAACCAGGGACAUUAUUUUCAAGAUGCACUAUGUAAGUGGUCAUCUAAUUUAGUAUGCAUUCUAAAAAAAGCUUUGUCAUUUGGCAAACACCUGUCAACACACUUUCUUCUAUAAACUGGAGCAGAUUUGCUCUUAUAUUUGGUAUUGUAGAGAUUACAUUCAUUUUUGUGCACCAACUUAAUUCUGUCAUUACAUAAACUGUGAUGUUUGACCAUUAAGGGCAUAUCUUUUGACGAAAGUAAAUCUUACUUAUUCUUUU